GAAAUCCAGAGUCAGAUGCUUAAAUUGGUUAUAUGCUUUAAAUGCUAGGAACAUCUGCCACAUAAUCUUGAAGCUGAACUUCACCUUGUUAGAGUUAACAGUAAAUCUGAAAAAUUAAAGUAUUUGUCCUGAUUCACUUAGGUCUCAAAGUAAUACUUUGAAAAGGUAGAGGCCAAGAAAGAGGCAUUUUAAUACUUAAGGAGCCAAAAAAUCUUGUCACAUUGUAUAUAAAGUGUAUUUGUUAAUUUUAACCUGUAAUAUUUUAUUUACCACUAAAAUCCAUUCAAUAUGAUUUAUGUCAGUUGUAUGAUAUGCCUCAAUGGCAGAGAUAUUAAAGUGUAAACUAUUACUCCUUAGAAUAAUUGAAAUGCAACAUUAGCGUGUGUAUUCCAUGCAUAUAUAGAAAGUUUUAAAACACUUAAAUUGGAAAGUGGAAUCCUACUUAGGUGUAUUUCCUUCUUUUCCAUCACUCUCUGUGGUUAGCAAUUUCCACCCAAGCAACCGUGGUGGCUUUUGAGCUCUGGUAGUUGCUUUCUUCCUGCCUAGUGUGCAUUGUGAAAGGGGAGGUAUAUUGAUUGUGCCGAGGCAACAAAAGUAGAGUUUUUAAUUUGAUUGUAAUCCAAGGGCUUAUUUCUAAGAGGCCUGGCAGUUGAACAAAGGUGCUUGCAGUUUCCUGACAGCUGUUCCACAUCAGGGGAAUGUUCUCGUCCUACUUUAGCAGUAAGCCUUGGGAAGAACUUACAUCCCAGCAAGGGCUUCACGGUGCCCUGGAGACCUACUGUCCUGGGACACGCCUUUUCCUGGCCUGUCUUCAACUAAACUCUCUCCUGGCUCAUCAUCAAGUCCUUCCCCAGAUUGGCUUUCUUAACCUUUCUUUGAAAUGUCAUCAGUAACCCUGAUCCUGGCACCAACUUUAUCACUUCUUCUUUAACUAUCAGAAGAGUACAAAAUGAAAACAUAUCCUGCCCUUGGUUUGGGUUCUUCCAGAAAUAGACCUCUAGAGAAGGAUUCCGUGCACAAUUAGUUUCUUGGGUACAUGUUCUGUGAGAAGGUGAUGUUGGGAAGAAAGGCAGCCAAUAAGGAGUGUGUGUUAAGCCAACUGCCAGCAUGGAUCUGGAGCUCAAUCCCAUGGGACAUCUGUGGAGAAGAACAGUGUGGAAAGUAUGCCCCAGAAUGAUCCCUCUUAAGGCCUGAGGGGGCUGGGCUCUUGUUUACAACAGCUUUAUUGACGUAUAAUUUUCCCACCAGGAUAGUGACCCAUUCUAAGUGUGUGGUGAUUUUUGGCCGAUUAGAGUGUGCUGUAACUUGCACUGCAAUCCACUACAAAAAUAAUUUGGUUUCCUGCAGUAUGCCCCACGGAUCUGUCUCUUGCUUCAACAGUGUCUGGAUGGAACGGAUGCAGGGACACCCCUUCUACCAGCCUCCCGACCACCCUCCAACCUUUUUUCCAGUCACAACCUUUGGAGCCAUCUUCUCGGCCAUCCUUUGCCUCUGGGACUGGCCAACACCCUAUUUUGAGCUUAGCUCCUUCUUACCCAUCAACCAUGAGCUCCCCGGAUUCCUCAGAAUUAUUUCACCGAGGUGGAGGGGGCUGUCAACCUCCUGGUCAACACGCAUCUGCAGACCUCCUACACCUACCUCUCUCUGGGCUUCUAUUUUGACCAUGACAAUGGGAAUCUGGAGGGCAUGGGUCACUUACUUCCAUGUGUUGGCAAGGGUGCAAGGGUGUGGAGUGUCCCCGGAAGUUGCAAAGUCAACCAGGCAGCCACACCCUCUACCGGGACCAGGACCAGGCAGAAGCUGUUCCAGGAUGAGAGUAAUAAAACCCUGGAUGCCACAGACACCGCCCCGGUUCUGGUGAAGAAUCUGAACCGGGCCCGUUUGGCUCUGCGUGCCCUGGGUUCUGCCUGCGCGGGCCCCCAUCUCUGUGACUUCCUGGAGGACCAGGAUGAGAAGGGGAUCAAGAAGACGGGUGACCACCUGACUCACACCUGCAGGCGGGAUGGCCCCCAGGCUGGGCUGGGCGAGUAUUUCUUCUAAAGGCUCGCCCUCAAGGGGCAUCUGGGUGGUUCAGUCAGUUAAGUGUCCGACUUCGG